AUGAUGGAGCAAGCUGAGCUCUGCUUUCCACUGCUCCUCAACAGCUCCUGCUGGCGGCCGACGCCUCCUCCUGCUGACAACGUGCUCCUUUACUUUGUUCUGUUCGUCAUCUCUGUACUCACUGCUGCUCUCAACCUGCUGGUCAUCAUCGCAAUCUCACAUUACAGGCAGCUUCGCUCCCCCACAAAUUUGCUGCUCCUCUCACUGGCAGUGUCAGACUUCCUGGUGGGUUUCUUGGUGAUGCCAGUUGAAAUCCUCACGAUGUACACAUGUUGGGUCCUGGGUGACCUCAUGUGUGCUUUGUAUUUUUUCAUACCUGUCAUCCUAAUCUCUGCUUCAGUAGGAAGCAUGGUGCUCAUUUCACUUGACCGCUAUGUGGCAGUUUGUGACCCUCUGCGUUACUCCAGCAGAAUUACAGAUAAAAUAGCUAUAGUCAGUGUUUCCCUGUGUUGGACCUGCUCUGUUUUCUACAGCAUUUUCCUGUUGUAUGAUAACCUACAGCACCCAGGCAGAUAUAAUUCUUGCUAUGGAGAGUGCGUAGUUAUUAUUAAUGGAGAUGUGGACUUAUUUGUUGCUUUUAUUAUUCCCAUUGCAGUCAUCAUAGUUCUGUAUGUAAGAGUGUUUGUUGUGGCAGUGUCUCAGGCUCGUGCGACACACUCUAAUGUUGCAGCCGUCACUGAGCUUUCAAUGAGUCGCCUGAUUAGGAAAUCUGAGUUGAAAGCAGGCAGGACUCUGGGUGUUGUUGUAGUUGUGUUUCUGAUGUGCUACUCUCCAUAUUAUUGUCUCUGUCUGACAGCUGGUGACAUCUUGAUCGGUUCUUCCACCGAGGCUUUGAUGAGCUUUGUGAUGUAUUUUAACUCGUGUCUGAACCCUGUGAUUUAUGUUUUGUUUUACCCCUGGUUUAGAAAAGCGGUAAAACACAUAGUUUCUUUGAGGAUUCUGCAGCCUGGCUCCUGUGAUGUCAACAUCUUAGAGAGAGACACUUGAUG